CCUGGUGCGCGUGCGUGCGCAGGUGAUGUCACGAGACGACAGUUCGGGCGGUUGGGUGCCGCUCGGCGGAGGUGGACUCAGUAACGUGUCCGUUAGGAAAAGACCAAGGGCAUCACCGUCGUCGGCACCCGGACAAGAACCCGCCAAACCCAAUCAUGACUAUCUUAUUUACGGCAUAAGAAUUAGUGAUCAAAGCAUCGUUUUAAGUUGCACCAUCAAAAAGGAUUUCGAGUACAAUAAAGUAAUGCCAACGUUUCACCACUGGAAGACCGGAGACAAGAAGUUUGGGCUAACCUUCCAAACCGCCGCUGACGCUCGUGCCUUCGACAAGGGGGUUCGUACGGCUGUCGAGGAACUGUUAGACGGCUUUCUCCAUGGUUUGACUGAUGUCUAUCCCUCGUCGCCGGUCCAUAAAACAAAAGUGUCGGGCGACAACGAGGUGUUCAUGACUCUAAACUUGCCGCAAGAACCGAAGGAUUCGCGAAGUUCGAGCGACUCGAGCAACAAGGGCGAGCACAUGCAUCGUAUGCACUACAUCGGGAGGGAGAAGGCGCUCGAACCGCGACCGCCGACCUACGAUCCGAAAGUUGCAGGCGAGAGUUACACGUACGUUCAGCUGACGGCGAAGCACGAGUACAUCUACCCGGUGAUGGAGGACCAGAAGCCGCCGCUCGCGAGGCGCGACUCGCCGAGUCCGAAGAAGCUGGGCAUGGAACUGGUGCAGUUGCAGCAGCCGCCGUUGCCGCUGAAGACGAAGUACACGAAAUCGGGUCGGAUGCAGAUACGCUGUAGACAUUGUAACGAAUUGUUUUCGGAGGACGCGAAUCCGAAGGGGGCGUGCGAGUACGCGCCGGACUGUCUCAAAUCGACGAUCGAUACGAUAACGUGUAUCGGGUGCGCGCAAUGCAUCUGUUAUCAUUGCGCCGCCGACGCAGAGGGGGAUUACGUGCAGCACCCCUGCCAGUGCACGUACGACGAAAACUGUAGUAAGAGGUGGCUGUGUUUGACUUUUUUAUCGUUAUUCGUACCUUGCUUGUGGUUUUAUCCGCCUCUCAAGUUCUGCCAUUGGUGCGGUAUCCGAUACGGGAUAUGCGGUAGUCGUCACAAAAUGUGACUUACGAGCGAUAACGUUUUCCGAUACUAAUCACGCAAUGCGACAAGUACAAAUAUGGCCUACAGGCGGCGGCGUCGCGUGAUUGAUAUCGUAGAAUGUUUUAUUUAAUAAUAAAAUAUCAGUGCUCAAUCAAGAGACGGUUGUGAACACUACAAAUAAAUGAAACUUAAAUGUUUACGCUUACUUUUAUUAUUCGUAUCAAAAUUAAGACUGUUUUUUUGUUAAGUUUGCGAAAAACAUGACAUCAGAUGUUGAAAUUUUGUGGUUAUCGUCUCCCGCUUUCCAAAAACUCACUCAUACCCGUUCGUAUGACGAAACAAGUCGAGCGAGACACUCCCUAAUUUUUAUUAACUCGCUGUUUCUAUUCAUGUUUAAGCUUUAAAUAAUUUAUUGUGUUGUGUAAAUUGUUACCAGAACCUAUUUUAUGUGAAAAUCCGGUCGGGCACUGCCAUGAUCAAUCUGAUGUUCGAUAAUUUUCUGUGUAUAUGAUGGGAGGAAUCGUAUUGUUGUUCUUUGCGACAAUAUACAUUACAAAUGUUCAGAAAACGUACACUGAAAUAGUGUAUCGCCAUUACAUUAUAAGGUACACGAGUAUUUUUUCAGUAUUAAAUCCUAGAUUUAGCGUGAAAUGUUUUAACUUAAAUUUAUUUUGUACCGAAAACAAAUUCGAGUUGAUUGUUUAAAUAAAUUUAUUUAAAUUAAUACAAAGCUUUGGAGAUGUACGGUUUUGAAGGUAUCGCUUUUUUCGGU